AUGGUUUUGAAGUUUAUUGAGAAAAUGGUUAUCCUCUUCAUGAUUCUGGUUGGCACUCUGGGGAACAUGUCUAUUUCUGUGAAUUAUAUGUUCAGUUGGUGGGGAGGCCCUCAGAAGAAACCCAUACACCUUAUUCUCAUCCACUUGGCUUUUACAAAUAUCAUACUCCUUCUUGUAAAAGGAUUGCCAAAGACAAUAGCAGCUUUUGGUUUGAGAAACUUCCUGGAUGACAUAGGCUGUAAGGUCAUUGUUUACCUGGAGAGAGUGGCCUGUGGCCUCUCCCUCUGCACCAGCAGUCUUCUCACUGUGGUCCAGGCCAUUAUCAUCAGUCCCAGAGCAUCUGGGUGGAGCAGACUCAGGCCAAAGUCUGCAUGGCACAUCCUUCCAUUCUUCUCAUUCUUUUGGAUAUUCAAUGCUUUAAUAAGUAUGAACCUAAUCCAUUCCAUCAAAAGUAUAAGCCUGAAUACAUUACUUGUUAAGAAUAGAGAGAACUAUUGUUAUUUUAUCUUACCAAGUCAGAAAACAAAAUGUAUUUUUCUCCCUCUCAUGGUCCUGAGAGAUGCAGUGUGUCAGGGUGCCAUGGGAGGGGCCAGUGGCUACAUGGUAUUUCUUCUCCACAAGCAUCACCAGCAUGUCCUCUACCUUCAGAACUCCAAGCUUCUCUACAGUACACCCCCUGAGCUGAGAGCUGCUCAAAGUGUCCUCCUUCUGAUGCUCUGUUUUGCUUUCUUCUACUGGACAGAUUGUGUUUACAGUUUUCUUUCUAGUAAGACAGACCUAGAAACAUGA